CAAAUUCCUCGAAAUUCUGAUAAUACAACAAAUCCAAGACAAUCCAUGAUUACAGGUGCAAAUCCGAUACAUCCUCAAUAUCAGUUUUCCAAUAUACCACAGCAAUCUCGUGCAAAAAAACCAAAUCUACACAUAGCUGUAAAUUAUACUGGUUCUUCUGAAGAAACAUCUUCAUUUCAACAUAAUCCACAGCAAUUCGAUCAACUAAGUCAAAAUAAUUCAGAGUCUUCAGCCGGGGGUUUACAACCUCCACAAAAUCAUUAUAUACCAUAUUCUGAAGUUAGACCUCAUUCUUCUUACGAUAAUUGUAAACAUACAUCUUUACUACCUAACAUGUUAUCCCCUGGUCAUAAUAUUGGCACUAAUGGUGCUGGGAUGAUUAGAAAUAGUUGGAGUGUAGGUUUAACUUCUCCUAAUCCUGACCGUAGAUCUUCAAAAUCUCCAUUACGUUUGUUAAUUGAUGAAAAAAUUGAAAAAAGACAGACUGCUACUUCAAUAACACUUGCAUCUGAUGAAAAUGCAAUACAAAAAUAUCGUGAAGCUGCUAAGAAAACAAAUAAUCCCUCUACUCAAAUUCAAUACGCUAAAUUCCUUUUACAUAUGAUUGAACUCCGAAAUGCAAAUAAUGCAAAAAAUCCUGAGAUAAAUAUUGAACAAGAAGAAUCUACAACGUCUAAAUUAGUUCAGGAGGCUGUAUAUUGGAUUAAACACCUUGCAAAAAGUGAUCAUCCUGAAGCAUUAUAUAUUAAAGGUACUUGGUACGAAUAUGGUCUAUAUGGAAAAGAAAAGAAUGAGGAAAAAGCCUUCAAAUAUUAUCAAACUUCAUCAAAAAAGGAAUUUCUAAAAGCAAAGUAUAAAGUCGCUUUUUAUCAUGAAAAGAAAGAUGAUUAUAAGCGUGCAAUACAGUUUUAUAAAAAAGCUGCCGCACAAGGUGAAGUAGCUGCAUUAUAUAGACUCUCAUUGAUAUAUAUGUUAGGUGAAUUUAAACAAGUAGUCGAUUUUAGACAAGCUUUGAUAUAUUUAAAGCAUGCUGCUUCAAAAGCUGAUGAAGAUUGUCCUGAUGGUGCUUAUGUAUAUGGAAUGAUAUUAGCUAAAGAAUGGGAUAGAGCCGUUGUUCCUGAUGAACUUGUCUCUCCUGAUGAUCAUGAAGCCAGAGAAUUAAUACUACGAGCUGCAAACUUAGGCCACGUUUCUGCUUUAUUCAAGAUAGGUCAAUGUUAUGAAUAUGGCACUUUAGGAUUUCAAUGUGAUCCAAUAUUGUCUGUUGAAUAUUAUAAACGAGCUGCUGAAAAAGGUCAUGUUGAAGCUGAUAUGUCAUUAAGUAAAUGGUAUCUUUGUGGUGCGGAAAAUCUGGAACAAAACGAAGCACUUGCUUAUGAGCAUGCUGAAAAAGCUGCGUUGAAAGGAUUGCCUACUGCUGAAUUCGCUAUGGGUUAUUUUCAUGAACAUGGAAUUCAUGUUCCUAAAAAUUCUGGCGCUGCCAUGAUUUGGUACACAAAG